GCCUUUCAGGUAGUUAGCUUGCUAGUUUUAGAACAGAACUCCUUAUUGCUGCUUUAACAGUGUCGCUUGUCUCUGUUGUUUAGGUGCGUGUGUCAAAUGGGAUGCAUUCCCUUGACUGCCACGCGCACACUAAAAAAGGCGCUCAGCGUGGACUAAUGACGCAAACACGAUCAAUGACAUGGACAGCCAGCAGCCGCUACUCAGCGUUGGGUCGUCCUGAACUUUCAUAAACGGCCAACAGUAUCCAUCGUGUGGGAGCAAGGGUUUUGAAUUCACACUGACCUGUGGCUACUGGAGCACUGUUCAAAGCAGCACAAUCCUAUCGGAUAUCCUUCAAUACCCUUUACGGAUUAUCCUAACCCUUACGUCUCAUCUGGAAUGGCUGGUGAGUGGCUACGAUGCACUUACUUUUUAUGUUGAGGAUAUACAUGUAUCUGUUUAGAUUUGACAUUUCUAAGCAUGCAAAAAGACGCUGGAGACGAAGUGACGCUGGUAUCAGGGUUGAAGCCUUGUAGCCUAUAUUUACACUGAAAGAUAGCGGACGUUUGCUGUGGUAUGCACUGCUCUCGUAACGGCUCGCCAUAUUUCCCGAAAUAAAUCAGGUCACAUUCAAAAACAUUUCUACCCUGAAAGAGGGUUUUUAACGUACUUCGAUUUCCAUGAAUAUUACUAAACAUGCAAAUACUAAAGUAUAACCAUCCUAGUUUAUGUAGUUGCCUGCAUGUUGUUUUGCUUUUUCCAGUUCAAUGACCGUGCCUCACAACCUAAUACCUAAACAGGAAAAGAGAUAAGUAUCUACCUGUAGCUUCUCUGGACUGUAACACUGUAUCCGUAUGUUAAUUUUCACAUGGCUCGUGUUCUCUGCGGUGGCCGCCGGUCAAGUUGCCGAGCUAGUCUCGAAAUGCUUGCAGGCACGCGACAUGGCGUACUGUCCGUACAGUCGGUUCCCGGUGGGGGCCGCAAUCCUGACGUCAGGUGGCACUAUUAUCACAGGCUGCAAUGUGGAGAAUGCUUCCUAUGGCCUCACCGUGUGUGCGGAGAGAACAGCCAUACAGAGAGCUGUGGCAGAAGGUCACCGAAGUUUCACAGCCAUCGCUGUCACAUGUGACAUUAAAGACAGUUUUGUUGGGCCUUGUGGAGCAUGUCGUCAAGUACUCAUGGAGUUUGGAUCAGAAUGGGACGUUUACCUGACCAAGCCGGAUGGAUCUUACAAAAAGACCAGCCUGAAAGAGCUACUACCCCUUGCUUUUUCACCAGCUCAUUUAAGAGCAGAUAUGGUUGUCAAACUUUGAGAAGUACAUAGUGUUUAAUUAUUUUGUUAUGUACAUAGUUCCAGGUCCUUCCUGUAGGACUUGUCAAAACUGUUCUUGAAACCAUACAACCCCAUGGGGCCACUGUAACAUGGUGAAGUGCCAUUUUAUUUUUUUGUAAAGAAUAAUCCUGUUCUGGUUCAUAGUGUGACCCAUGACUGUGCUUUUCAUCUGUUAGUGAUCUUCAGAUGGUUAAUGUUAAAGGGUCUGAUAAUAAUCAAGGGAGCAUUAUUAGUUGGCUAGUGCUUUUACUUUUAACAGUCAUUUCUUCUCGAAGAUACAUCUGUAAAUUGAAGUAUAUACAUAGAAAAUGGGGGAAGGCCCCAUCGACAGCUUCCCUUUACUGCACCAAACUUUUUUUUUUUUUUAAAUAAAGAAUUGGUGCUUCCA